AUAAACCUUGGUUAUAUGAAAAUCGAGGAAAGUCAGUCUCGUGAGUCGCAUAACAUAAACAGCGUUCCAAUUGGAUUUAGGUAACAAAAUUUCACGGCCCACAACAGAGACGAGUUUCUCGGAAAAUAUUCACAAAUUUUUAUUAAUCAAAGUCCAGCAAAAUGUUCGGACACGAUAUACGUAGCUAUGACCUAAAGGUGGAACUGGCAAAGUGUUUCAACGGUUGUGGAACGGUAUUUUUGGCCCAGCAUUUACCCUCACAGCAACAUGUAGCGGUAAAAAAAUUUCUUAUGGAAGAUCUGAAAAACGAUUUCAAUUUAAUAAUGGAGGAAUCGAAACACCUGAGAGAGUUCAAUCACCCCAAUAUACUCAGCUACCAUACAGCAUUUGUCCACAAUGCAGACCUCUACUUUAUUCUACCCCUGAUGUGUUUCGGAUCCUGUCGGGACACGAUGAGCAAUUAUUUCGAAACCGGAUUCCCGGAAAUUAUUCUAGCUUGUAUUAUAAGGGACGUGGUUGCGGGACUAGAAUAUCUUCACCGGAAAGGAUACAUUCACCGAUCGAUCCGCGCCAGUCACAUUUUCCUAAACGAAUCCCGUGCCAUCAUCGGUGGCUUCCGGGUCUGUACUAGCUUUUUGGGCGAAGGCAAAAGAGUUAAAAAUCUUCACGAGCUUCCACCACAUUCCACCAAAAGUCUGAACUGGUUAGCACCAGAAGUGCUGGCUCAGAACCUGCUAGGUUACACGGAAAAGUCUGACAUCUACAGUCUGGGCAUAACGGCGUGCGAGCUAGCAAAUGGGGUAGAACCUUUCAGCAACUUCCUAACCACAUUGAUGUUAACGGAAAAGAUGCGAGGCUACCAACCCCUUUUGCUCGAUAACAGCACCAUUCCAAGCGAGGAGGUGUUCGCCCAAGCCAUGGAUUCUGGCGUGGGAGACACGAAUUCUUCCCAGACCCGUCAGAUUUAUGCUAGCCGUCAGUUUACAGAUUCGUUGCACAAGUUUGCUGAGCUAUGCUUGCAGUUCAACCCCAACGAUAGGCCAUCAGCGGCAGAACUGAUCAACCAUUCGAUGUUUAAACAGUGUAAGCAUACUGGCAUUCGAGAGCAGUUCGCUGAAUGUGGAAUCGAAACGGCAGAUUUCAACACUAUCAAAGAUUUCGAUCUCAACCUAUCCAAUGAUUUCGCCAGCAUGUCGAUGGACACCGGUAGCUUCGAGUGGGACUUUGCCGAAUCGUAAAGCAGUCCAAGUGGCGAAAGUUCCAAGCUAAAUCAAAUCAAUUAGUAGUACUACAACCUGUGUUUCAUCAAUCAAUUCUGUUAUCGAUACAUUGCUCGUUGAUCUUUUUUUAUAAUCUACUGUUAUUCUAGACUUCAAAGAGUAAGAGAGAGAGACCGUUCCGAUAGACUACCGAGCACACACGUUUUUACUGUCAUCUAGGGACGA